GAACUUCUUAAUAGUUCCAUUUGUUGUAGCCGCUCAAUUAUCACUAUUUCUCAAAAAUUCGCUGUGAACCGAUCGUAUGUGAACAUCAGUUGCUGAAAUUGGUGCUGUGACCUUGAAAUCCUUGCAACGCUUCCGAUUGACUCGCCCAUAAAUCAUAGUCUUGCCGGCACCAAUCGUAGCUCGAGACUUCUUUAUAACCUAUUUGUCGUGCAUAGGUUUUUUGAUAAACUAAAAUGUUUUUAUCUUUACCUUAUAGAUAUACUUUUGGCAAAACUGCAAACCAUUCAUUGAUUAGAUUGUUAUAAUUCUUUACGGCCAGUGUAAUAAAUAUACUCCUAUCACCUGACUGAUAAUUAAAUAUGAGUGUGAAAGUGGACAUUCAAUCUUCUAAUUUCUGUCGUAUUAAUGAUGAAAGUGAUCAACAUAAACAACUUAUACCAGAAGAUACAAUUUCAACUGUGUACAACGAACAACCAAAUGUCAAGUUAGAUGAUAAUGAAAAACUAGCAAAUGAUUCAAGUGAUAGUUUACAUGAAGUUCUAGAUGAUUUAAACAAAUUCAAUGAUGAAUUAAAGAAAUCAUUCAAUGAUUCAUUCUCUAUUGAUUUAUCUAACUUACCAUAUCCUCCUGGUUAUUCUAUUAUAAAACAAAAUGAUUCAAUGAUAAAUUGUGAAAACCAAUAUAAGGAGUCAAAUGAAAUUGAACAGGAAAAUUCAAAGGAACCAAGGUAUCUAUAUAUUGUUUAA